AUCCAUGACUUUCUGCACGGGUCAAGUCAAACCCAGACACCUCCCCUAAAAAAAAGUAAUUUACAAACGACAACCCCUCAAAGUCUCUGGCAGCAGCAGGAGGAGUUGCAUUGCACGCAUGUGAGGAUCUGCACGUAGCAUUCAGACUCAGGCUCUUAAGAAAACCAGCCCUAGCCACCAGAUGGCCAAGAGUACACCGAAAAAUCACAGAUAGGACGGAGGAGCACCACCACCACACUACACCACCACCGGACUUGACAUCCUCUUCUUGUACGAGCGUUCGUGACUGCAAGCCGAGGACAGGACUCAUACCCAGGCGAAGCGGGGGGGACACAUUCAGCUACUGGAUGCUCUCAUUAAGGAUGGAGCUACCGUGUUGGUGUUUAUUACUGCUGAGCUGCUUGCAGUCGCUCUCGGCCCACAAUGACUUCUUCACCUCCACAGGCCAGAUGACAGAUCUGUUAUACACAGAAAAAGACCUCGUCACCUCUCUAAAAGACUACAUCAGAGCAGAGGAGAACAAGCUCGAGCGCGUGAAACGGUGGGCUGAUAAGUUGGAUACAUUGUCAGCCGCAGCCACACAGGACCCCGAGGGCUUCCUGGGACACCCUGUCAAUGCCUUCAAACUGAUGAAGAGGCUGAACACUGAGUGGGGGGACCUGGAGAGCCUUGUACUCAGUGACACCACUGAUGGAUUCAUUUCCAACCUGACCAUCCAGAGACAGUACUUCCCCACAGAUGAGGACCAGACCGGGGCUGCUAAAGCUCUCCUACGGUUACAAGACACUUACAGACUAGAUGCUAACACCAUCUCUACAGGAGCCCUACCUGGAGUGAAACACAAGAGUCAAAUGACAGUGGAGGACUGUUAUGAGCUCGGGAAGAUCGCCUACUCCGAUGUCGACUACUACCACACAGAGCUGUGGAUGGCCCAGGCCCUGAAACAGCUUGAGGAGGGAGAGGAAUCCAGUAUAGAUAAGGUCACAGUGCUCGACUACCUGAGCUACGCCAUCUACCAGCAGGGGGAGAUAGAGCGAGCCCUGGUGCACACCAAGAAGCUGCUUGAACUGGACCCAGAGCAUCAACGCGCCAAGGGCAACCUGAAGUAUUUUGAGUUCCAGUUGGAGAAGCAGAGAAAGGCUGCGGAGGAAGAAAAAACGAAGGACGAAGGGGUAGCAGUAAAAAAAGAAAAGAAGACGAAAAAGGCAAAAAAGAACAUCUCCAACCAUGUGAUCCCGGAGAGGAAGAAGUACGAGAUGCUUUGUCGCGGGGAGGGCAUCAAAUUGACCCCCCGCAGGCAGAGUCGGCUGUUCUGCCGUUACUACGACAACAAUCACAACCCCAAGUAUGUGCUGUCACCCGUCAGGCAGCAAGAUGAGUGGGAUCGGCCAUACAUUGUCCGCUACCUUGACAUCAUCUCUGACCAAGAAAUGGAGAAGAUCAAACAGCUGGCAAAGCCACGAUUAAGGCGAGCCACGGUGCAUGACCCUCAAACUGGGAAACUUACCACGGCCCAAUACAGAGUCUCCAAGAGUGCUUGGCUCACUGGCUACGAAGAUCCAAUGAUCGACAAGAUCAACCAGAGGAUUGAAGAUCUCACAGGCCUGGAAAUGGACACUGCAGAAGAGCUGCAGGUUGCAAAUUAUGGCGUUGGAGGUCAAUACGAACCUCACUUUGACUUUGGAAGGAAAGAUGAGCCAGAUGCCUUUAAAGAGUUGGGCACUGGCAAUCGCAUAGCAACGUGGCUCUUCUAUAUGAGUGAUGUAGCAGCUGGUGGAGCCACAGUAUUCCCAGAUGUUGGUGCAGCAGUUUGGCCCCAAAAGGGCACUGCAGUCUUCUGGUACAAUCUGUUUCCCAGCGGAGAGGGAGACUACAGCACCCGACAUGCAGCUUGUCCAGUGUUGGUGGGCAACAAGUGGGUAUCAAACAAAUGGAUCCAUGAACGAGGCCAGGAGUGGCGGCGACCAUGUGGCCUGAGUGAAAGUGACUGAUGAAAAAAGAAAACCUCCCUUCCCCCCUCUCUCUCCCCUUCCAUGUGAACCACCCAGGACCCAAGAACACUGCUGCAGAUCACAGAUGAUGCAUACAGAUACAUGGGGUCCAAAUAGCUCAUUCCCUCACUACAAACACUCCCCUCCUUUUUUUUUUUCCUUCUCCCAGCUUUUAUUGCUUUGAGACCAGAGAUUGUUUGGGUUAACGUCGAGCCCCUUGGACAGUAUUAGCAUCGCUGUGACAGAUAACACGUUCUUCAGGUUGUUGGAUGGUUUUGAGAAACACUCCUUUUCACUCCCCCCCCACCCAUGUGUCCUUCUUUGCACUCUGUAUGAACUCUAGCUCUGUGGUGAGGUUAUUCUUCUGUAGUGACUGCAGGGACCAGCUUCCUCCCUGUCAGUUCGGACCUUUUAAAGAUACAGUUCAGGUUUUUAAGAGGCCUCUCUUAUUCAUUGUGUUCAUUUCAUUAACGGAGCACUUUGGUCUGUGGUUUUUGAGAAUAUGAUUUACAUACAACAGGGCUGCAAACUGUUAUUUCUUUCUGUAAAAUUGCAGUUGAAUCAUUUCUCAGACUUUUCCUUGCAUAUGACUUUACAAUAGAUGUGCAGCAGGUUCACCAAAUCUCUGUCUUUCCUUGAUGUACAUGUGCUAGCAAUCUGUGCUUCCAAUAACUUAAACCAAAGUUAGUGCUCUGUGAAAGGAAUGAACGGACUCAGCACAUAAAAAAGAAUGGUCAGACUCCCAAAAAAAAAAUCUGACCACAGUCCAUGGUUGUUACUUGAGUGAAAAGGAAAAACUUUAUUCCCUGUAAGUUGCGUAACAAACCAGAACUGAUAAA